GGUCCGAAUCGUGUUGUACAUGAGCAGGCUCCGUAAAAUCUAGUAUAGUUAAGUCAACUAGAUAAAGAUUCUGCUUUAUCUAGUUCACUUACUGAAUUUCCUACUUAAAUACUUAAAAUGCAAUAGUGUGAAGAUGCAUUCAUUUCCUCUGCAUUGAUAUCAUCGAUAAUACUAUCGGAGUGAAAGAAGAGAUCUAAAGAAAAAUAUAGGCUAGACUAAAUUAGUAACAAGUAAACCUUUUCUAUGUGUAUCUCCAGCUAUUUUUGAGAUAACAUAGUAAUCGUAAAGUUUGAGACGACCCAGAAAGCACUUGAUCAUAUCAUGAUCAACUUUGUAAGCCUACUUGGGUAUUGAGUAUUUACUUAGCUUAGAACCGAAUUCUUUGUAAUAGAUAGUUUCCAUUUGGAAAAAAGAGUCCAAUUUUUCUUACAUUGAAUCAUUCACAUAUGUGUAGAUAUAUGCAACACAUAGAUUUUUUAUGAAUUCAUUUGGUUCUGUUGAGUCUUGCUUGAGCCGGAUGAUAAAAAAUUAUCAUGUCCGGUUCCUUCGGGGGAUGCAUCUCUAAGAAUUCACCUAUCCCAAUAACAAAAAAACCUGAUUUGAAUGAUCCUGUAUUAAGAGCUAAAUUGGCUAAAGGUAUGGGUCAUAAUUAUUAUGGAGAACCUGCAUGGCCCAAUGAUCUUUUAUAUAUUUUUCCGGUAGUAAUUCUAGGUACUAUUGCAUGUAACGUAGGUUUAGCGGUUCUAGAACCAUCAAUGAUUGGUGAACCGGCAGAUCCAUUUGCAACUCCUUUGGAAAUAUUACCGGAAUGGUAUUUCUUUCCCGUAUUUCAAAUACUUCGUACGGUGCCCAAUAAAUUAUUGGGUGUUCUUUUAAUGGUUUCAGUGCCUGCGGGAUUAUUAACGGUACCUUUUUUAGAGAAUGUUAAUAAGUUCCAAAAUCCAUUUCGUCGUCCAGUAGCGACAACCAUCUUUUUGAUUGGUACCGCAGUCGCUCUUUGGUUGGGUAUUGGUGCAACAUUACCCAUUGAUAAAUCUCUAACUUUAGGUCUUUUUUAAUUUGAUUCAAUUGUGAAAUAACAUGACGUGUGUAUCUAGGGAAUAAUCGCUUCAAAGUGAAUUAUCCCUAGAUACAUCUAUUCAAUAAAAUUCUGAAUCUCUUUCGAAUAGAUGAAUUGUACUACAGAUUCAAAACCUAUUUGAAUCUUAAUUCAAAAUAGACGAAAAAGAUUCAAUAGAUUUCAAACCUCUUUUUUGGUAAAUCAAUUGCGAAAUGUUUUUCUACAAUGCCUAAUAUCUUUUUUACAU